UCGUGUUGAAGUUUGUCAGCGACAAAGGCAUCCAGGCUCUUCUCGUAGAGAACUCAGCGUGUAUCAAAAACAACAUUAGAACCACACCAGGGGAGCUGGGGGACCCGGCCAUCUCACUGCUGAUACCAAACAACCUGUUCUUUGAUAACUACAUCUGGAGUACGCCCAUGACGACGGUAAUUCGACCAAAGAACUACGUCACCAUAGUUAUAGACUACACCAAGAUAGACUUGAUACGUCUAGAUAAUCUGAAGCUGCCUGACACCAUCAAGUGGCGGGAGGUGACGGGCAUGAAGAACUGGAAGGUGGGCAGCACGUCCGUGACGGAGGGCACCCACACGCUCCACUCCACGCUCCUGGUCUACUUCGGCUGCUACCUUUACGGGAUGUUCGACUUCUACGGCUACAUGCACCCUGGUGGCUACAUCUCGGGGAAUAUCAAUGAGGCGUGUGAAGAAACAAUGAAAACAAUGGCCCGAGGUGAUCUGCUAGAUAAUGACUGCGAUAGAAGAAUUGACGAGGAGAUGAUGGAUGGCAAAGAUAACGACGGCGACACACUGGUAGAUGAAGAUCUAGCCAAACCAAACAGAGUGGAUGGUGGGUGGGGCGAGUGGUCGCAGUGGGCGUGUUCAAAUGACUGCAACGUGCGCUCACAGUAUAGAAUAAGGUAA